CAAUGUAAUCUCUUUGGGCACCAGCAGUAGAACUUGUCUGUUCAAAAUGGUUUAUGGUGAAUUUUUCCACAGACCUGGCAAAGAUGCAGAACUUAUCAAUUUGAAUGUGGGUGGCUUUAAGCAAUCAGUGGACCAGAGCACCUUGCUCCGAUUUCCCCAUACCAGACUUGGGAAACUUCUCAAAUGCCAUUCAGAAGAGGCUAUUCUAGAACUGUGUGAUGAUUAUAGUGUUGCAGAAAAGGAAUAUUACUUCGACAGGAAUCCUUCAUUGUUCCGAUACGUUCUGAAUUUUUACUAUACAGGUAAACUUCAUGUCAUGGAAGAACUUUGUGUCUUUUCCUUCUGCCAGGAAAUAGAGUACUGGGGGAUAAAUGAGCUGUUUAUUGAUUCCUGCUGCAGCAAUCUGUACCAAGAGAGGAAAGAAGAAGGUCCUGAGAAAGACUGGGAUCAGAAGAGCAAUGACAGAAGUAUAGACUCCUCUAAUGAAGAGUCAUCCAUAUUUGACAAAGAGCUGGAAAAGUUUGACAAUCUGUGUUUUGGUGAAAUAAGAAAGAAGAUCUGGGUCAGAAUGGAAAAUCCUGCAUACUGCUUGUCUGCCAAGUUAAUUGCCGUGUCGUCCCUGAGUGUUGUCCUGGCAUCAAUCGUGGCCAUGUGCAUUCACAGCAUGCCAGAGUUUCAAAAGCUGGAUGCCAAUGACAGGGAGAUUGAAGACCCUGUUUUGGAAGCUGUGGAGAUUACGUGCAUCAUCUGGUUCACUGCUGAGCUAGUGAUCAGGCUCAUCACUGCUCCAAGUCAAAAGAAGUUCUGGAAGAAACCACUGAAUAUCAUCGAUUUUGUCUCUAUUAUCCCAUUUUAUGCCACGCUGGCUGUGGACACGAAGGAAGAAGAAAGUGAAGAUAUUGAAAAUAUGGGGAAAGUGGUUCAAAUCCUGCGGUUAAUGAGGAUAUUUCGCAUCCUGAAACUGGCCAGGCACUCCGUAGGACUGCGGUCUUUAGGUGCCACUUUGAGACAUAGCUAUCAGGAAGUUGGACUCCUGCUUUUGUUUUUGUCUGUUGGGAUUUCUAUUUUUUCAGUGCUCGUCUACUCAGUGGAGAAGGAUGAUGACUCAUCAGAACUGCACAGCAUCCCUGUUUGCUGGUGGUGGGCAACCAUCAGCAUGACCACUGUUGGUUAUGGGGACACUUACCCGGUCACGCUUGCUGGAAAGCUGCUUGGCACCCUAUGCAUCAUCUGUGGGAUACUAGUGGUAGCACUUCCAAUCACCAUUAUUUUCAAUAAGUUUUCUAAGUACUAUCAAAAACAAAAAGAUAUUGAUCCAGACCAAUGCAACAAUGAUCGCAAAGAGAAAUGUAAUGACCUACCUUAUUUUAACAUUAGGGAUAUUUAUGCAAAAAAGAUGCACUCCUUCAUUUCUAGCCUUUCUUCAGUAGGAAUUGUAGUCAGUGACCAAGAUUCAACAGAUGCGUCCAGCAUCCAAGAUAUGGAGGAUGCUUAUAACACAACAUCUUUAGAGAAUGGUACAGGAAAAUGA